CACACCGCCCUUCGGACCGCAGUCCGUUUCGGUUGCCCUGAAGACGCAUCGCGACAGGAGGCGUGAGCGGGAUGACAUGUGCGGGAGCGUGGAAGGAGGUGGUCCUGGCAGAGUUCCAGCACCUUCCAUGCCUUCUCACUGCGUCCCUAGUUGCAGUUGUGGCAUAGCCCUGCACAUACCGAGAUGGGGAACAAAAUAAGUUGUUCUUGUGCCCCAUUGAUCAAGAGGGCCUAUCGCUACGAAGAUUCACCUUGGGCUGUUACCAGGCGUCGAGAGGGACACCUUUUGCGAUUCACGGUGCUCCUUCCUAAGAGUGAAGAUGCUCGAGCCUUGGCUAUACUGUUAUGGGCGGAGGUGUUCCACGUGAGCAGCACUGGAUCGGGUCAAUUCAAGUGGCAGCAAGUGAGCGAGGACCUCGUCCCCGUCAACAUCACCUGCAUCCAGGAUAGUCCCGACGCCAUCUUUCACAUCACUGCCUACAACCCUCAAGUGGAUAAGAUCCUCGACGUCCGCCUCGUCCAGCCGGGAACUAAGAUCGGGCAAGCAUCGGAAUGUUUUGUGUACUGGAAAGACCCGAUGACUGGGGACACGUGGGGACUCAACUUCACUUCGCCCCUCGAUGCCAGGCAGUUUCGCGAAUGCUGCUCUCCAUCGUUCAAGUUCUCGCGGAAGGCUUCGUCGAGUUAUUCCCUGAAGAUGGAAGCUCCACGUCAUCGAAAGAACAGCAGCCGGCGACACGCACAGAGCACUCCGAGUUCACCUUCCAAGGCCGGCCUGGACCGGGAACCCCAGUGCACCUGCAUGACGCCCGAACAGCAGGCGAGGUACCGGGCCGCUCAGGGGUUCCACUCCAUGAGUCACCGGACUUUGCCGUUGGCACCGAGAUCUCAGAUCAUGGCGGAUUAUUACGACCAACUCGAUCAUCGUAGUGGGAGUCGGAUGUCGUUGGACCACGAAAUGGACCGUCGGCGUGGGAACGGCUUGCAACGCAGGGAGCUCACCGCGACGAAAUCGGUGGAUUACUCGGAGAUGGAGUCCGUGCGCGAGGGAUUCCAGAGCCGACGGAACAAGAGCAAGAGCACGGACGACGUGAGCCAGCUCCGCUUCGACAGCAACACGCUGAAGAGGAUGCUUCAACCGAUGGGAUCCCUGGACAGCCCGGUCACUUCCCCGGAAUGCCCCCGCCGGGGAUCCGCUCAACGUCCCUCUCGGCUCGACGGAUUCCUCUCCGAACCCGAAAGCAGUCUGGCCCGGAUGAAGCGGGAGUCCUCGUUCCUCGACUCCAACUGCUACGCCACGACACCCAGCUCCAGCAACGGAGGCGGGAACUCGGACGCCGAGAACCCUCUCGGAUCCCCCAAUGCGAAAUUGCUCAAGGAAUACGAAGCCCAUCUGAGGAGUACCUUGGCUCAAGGUCUCGAGGCCGAAAGCAUAUCUCUCAACACAUUCGAAGCGCUCAUUUCACAGAGCAUGGAUAACCUCGCACAAUCUUGUAGAAGCUUGCCGUCGACGUCUGCCAGCGCUAGAAGGACACCCCGCCCUAUGAGUGCUGGCCCCCUGCGUUACCCCAGUGGCCAGAGAUUGGACCGGGGAUACGUGAGCGACCACUGGGAUUCCAGGCAACAUCGAAGAUCGGGGUAUGGGAGUGACCUGAGGGGAUCCGGCUACCUCAGCGACCACAGGCCCCUUUUAUCCACGUCUCGGGAUCUGUCUCAUCAGCCCUCAUCUGUGGAAAGCACCGAUUCCCGCAUCUGCUACCUCACUUCCUCUGAAAUAUCGGACGACGAGCGGUUGUCGCUGACGACUGCGCUGAGCGACGACGAAGACAUGGGGAAUCCCAUGGGGAAUCGAUCUGGCAUCCCGGCUGCUUCAUUCAGCUGCACCGGAGCCGUGAGGAAAGCUGGGUUCCUGAGCGUGAAGAAGUGGUUGCUUCGAAAAAAGCACCGGAUCGAGCUGGCCCGGAAACGGGGCUGGAAGGGGUACUGGGUGUGCUUGAAGGGGACAACGAUGCUCUUUUAUCCUUGCGAUUCCUCCGAGGACAGCAGCAACGAAGCCGGCCAACGGGGCAACAACGUGGAGGCCAGUCCGAGGCACCUCAUCAUUGUGGAUGGAGCUAUCCUUCAGCCGAUCCCCGAGCAUCCCAAACGAGAGUACAUCUUCUGCCUCAGCACCGCCUUCGGCGACGCCUACUUGUUUCAGGCCCCUUGUCAAGUGGAACUGGAGAAUUGGAUUCAGAGUAUACACGGGGCGUGUGCGGCAGCGUUUGCCAGGCACAGAGGCAAGACCGGCACUCUCCAUCUGCUCAAAGAAGAAGUCCUGCGUCUCGAGAAGGCUAUAGAAUCCGACCGGAAGCUGAAACAUAUGGCCGAGCUGCAGCUGUCGGUUGUAUCUGACGCGGAUUCCAAGUAUCAGAUCCAAUCGCAAAUAAACCAGUGGGAGGAGAAUCUGGAGAGGCUUCGAUGCGAGCAAUUCCGGCUCCGGUGUUACAUGGCAUCUCUGGAGGGAUCCGAGCUCCCAAAUCCCAAGAACCUGUUGACAAACGUGAGCAGAGGUACAAAGUUGACCCUAAACCGACUGGGAGUGUUCACGGUGUCAUCGCUGCAUGCGUACAUCUGCGCACGGAGUCCGUCCCUGUUGAGCAAUCUGCUGGCAGGGAGAGGAGCGACGAAGCGACGUCCCUACGUACACACUCUCUCCCGAUCAAACUCAGGCUCCAGCAAGCGAAGCUUUCAGAUCGAGCCCGGGGAGUCCAGCGUUGGGAAGACUUCCUUUAAGGUCUAUACGGUCCCGCUUCCCAACAACCAGGUCCGAUUCUUUAUGUUUCUCCCCAGCUAUCAGGAACGAUCUUAUGUUGUUUCGCUCCGACCAGAAUUCAUGAUGCAUGCACUCCACGAUAUCCAGACGUUCCAUUACUAUAACUUCAUGGACCUGCCAGUCCGAGGGAUUUCUCACAGGACAUUAAAGAAGUCUUGUCAUUCUAUGGCUUUCCCCCCUGUAGAUCCAUAA